UUCUGACUGCGUCUUGUUGACUGUCGGUCAGGCUGAGAGAAGAGUCGCACGGAGCCAGCUCUGGAAACGACAUAGAGAAAACCUACUGAAUUCUUUCAUCACCAUGUAUAUAUCUGGAUGCAAGAGGAUUUGUAUUUUUUGACAGAGAGAGUCCAAGACACCAAGUACAAAACAUUUCCAUUGUGAAAAGAACACCUCAAGUCCAACCAACUGAAUGAACCUGUGUUUGACCAUGGCCAGUACUCAGACGAGUUUGAACACCCCCUUUAAAGACCUGACCUCCCUAAAGGGGAACACGAAGCGGCUGUACAGGGAGCGGCAGGACUACGCGCCCAUCAAGAAGCGUGUGAUGGCUGAGAUGAACCUGAAGCGGCGCAGCCAGGAGAGCCUGCCCUGUGGGCCCAAGGUGAAGAACGAGCAUGUGGACAUGGAGCUCCUGGGGGCCGAGCUGGAUGCAGAGGGCAUGGAUAUCCACGGUGGUGGCGGUGUGGCCAAGGCUCUGGAUCUAAGCCCCGGCCUCAAGCACACGCUGGCCCAGUUUACCCUUAGCAGCCAGAGUUCACUAGGGGGCCCUGCCGCCUUCUCCGCCAAGACGGGCCAGGAAGCAUCCAGCACAGCUCACCUGAACCCCAUGCCCUCCCCGCCGAUCCUGGGUGGCGGGCCACUCCUGGUGCCCUGCGACAGCUCCACUGAGCUCACCCACUCGCUGCUGGAGGGCGAGUCCAUCUCCUGUUUCGCGGUGGGCGGGGAGAAGCGGUUGUGCUUGCCUCAGGUGCUAAACUCUGUGCUGCGUGACUUCUCGCUGCAGCAGAUCAACGCCGUGUGCGACGAGCUCUAUGUGUACUGCUCGCGCUGCGAUGCCGAGCAGCUGCACAUCCUCAAGGUGCUGGGCAUCCUACCCUUCAACGUGCCCUCCUGCGGCCUCAUCACCCUCACCGAUGCUCAGCGCCUCUGUAACGCCUUGCUGCGUCCCGGUACUGCCCUGCCCCCCGAGCUCGGUGCCAAGCUGUCUGCCCAAGGUCUGCUGAGGGAGAGCGGGGACGCCUUCCAGGUGGAGCACCAGUGCCUGGGCAAGUGCCAGGGCCUGUUUGUGCCGCAGUUCUACGUGGCGCCCAACGCGCCAUGCGUCCAGUGCGUGGAGUGCCAGCUGCUCUUCUCGCCGCAGAACUUCGUCAUGCACUCGCACAAGUCAUCGGACAAGCGCACGUGCCACUGGGGCUUCGACUCAGCCAAGUGGCCCUGCUACCUGCUGCUCGCCCGCAAGUACCUGGGCUCUGCUGACGAGCCGCGUCUCAAGCAGCUGCUGGAGCAGAUGAAGGAGAAGUUCCACUACCAACCCAAACUCCUUCUAGACAAAGCUGCGGAUGAAGAUAGCCAUAUGGUGGCCACCCCUAACCACUGCUCCUCCAAUGCUAAGCUUUCUGAUAACGAGCUCAUUAGAAAGGGGAAAGGCCACACUGGCACGGUGUUCAGCCAUCUGUUCCCUGACAUCAAAGAGGAGCCUGGACACGACACCACCAUCCACCCAAGUUACUACCUGUACCCAUACGAUAAGAUGCUGCCGCCCAAUGUGUCUCUGAGGAAUGAGGCGGAGGUCAGUCAGGAGGUGCUCGGGGCGCUGCUCAAACAGCACUACAGCCAUCACAGACAGGACACCCCACCCAUGGAUCUGCACUCCUCCCCGUCUGCCACAACCCCCUCAGACGAGGCCGAGUCCCAGCGCGCCGCCGAGCGGCAGGCUGUUCCGGCUGCCGCGGUUGCCGUGGCAACUGCCGGUAAGAACGCCCACGCGCAUACACUGGCGGCGGCGGACGUGGCAGCGGUGGGCAAGGAUGGCAGCGUCGCCGAGGACGACAAGGACCGCAUCGUGCUGGAGAUUGUGCAGAUGUACAGUCGGCAGCAGGAGAGGCUCAACGACACGCUGCACAAGCAGCUACAGCUGGAAAUGGAGCUCGAGGCUCUGCGGGGAGGCUCUGCGGCCCGUCUGCGGGAGCUGAGCGUAGAGCGCAGCGAGCUGCAGACAGAGCUGGAGGCGGUGCACACUGAGCAUGCCCAGAGGCUGGGCGAGGUGCGGCAGGAGCAGCGGGAGCUGGAGACGCGGCUAGAGCAGCUCCGGCAGCAGAGCUGCGCCUGCGAGCCCAACACACACGCACAGCAGGAGGCCCACUACACCGCGCAGCUGUCUAAGCUGCGUGCACGUCUGGAGCGGGCAGAGGCGGAACGCGUGGAGCUGCAGGAGGAGCUGCAGAGGGAGCGGGAGGCUCGGGAGCGCCUGGAGCUCACCAUCGCCCAACUCCAGCAGCAGAUGUCCCAUGCCACCACCACCACCACAGUCAGCCCCAGCCACACUCCCCGUCCCUUAAACACCCCCACCCCCACAGAGGCCUCCCCUGCCCCAUCACAGGCCCCUGAGCUCACCUCCAGCUAGAGGACCGCGUACCGAGCACCAGUCCCCAACCAGCCAACCAACCAGCCCACCCCACCCUACCGUGGCUCUCGUCCUGUCUGGCCUCCUCCUCCAUCACUGGAGCCUAGGAGAACUAGACCUAAGACUUACAGGACACCCGAACACAAACAUCCUGAGAAGAGGAGCCCCGCUUGAGAGAGAAGGGCCGCUGUGUGUCCUCAUGUUUAUUAUCUCUCUCUUUUCACUGACUGUUCAUGUUUUUGAAAGACUGAGACGUUAAUGGCGUUUAAUAUUUAAUAUUUCUUUAACAGGAUCAUAUCCUCUCCCCUCGACAGCCCUCCUUUUUAUUUGUCUACUCCCCGCCCUUUCCUCUUUUUUUAUUUGUCUUUGUUCGUCAAUUGUUUAAAAAAAUAUAUAUUUAUUAAUUUUUUUCCCCACUUUGUUGUUCCGGCUGUGCAUGUUGAUUUUAAUUAAUAGUUUUGGCUGGGGAAACGCUUGGCCAACAACAGGGGGCGAUCUGAAGGACUCUCUCACCUCCCUCCUCCUCCAUGUCUCUUUGGACUUUGGAUCUGAUCCGAUGCUUUCCAGACAGAGAGGCAGACGAAAGACUGCAAGCUCUUUUCCUGUGCUGUCCUGGCUGGGAUUGGGCCCCUGCUGCAACACAGGCCUGAGAGACCCUGAGCUCUGACUUUGACUCGAUGCUGCCCCUACCACCCCACCUUCCCCAGUAGGAACCCACAAGACAGCCCCCCCUCUAUUGGCCACAGGCCCCCACCAGCGGCGGCAGGGAAGUGCAUGUUCACCUGCAAGUUCACCUGUUUUUCUUCUUUUGUAUUUGGAACAUUAAUGAAAGUCUUAAGUUCUGUGUGUUGUGGGCGGGUGGGCGUGGUAAUAUGUGGACAAUUAUUGUAGAGAGCAUUGAGAUCUUCUGUAACCUCAUUGGGAAUAAGGAUUAAUGGACUGAAGAGAAGAUCAUCUCUGGUCUCAACAGCCCCCCACCCUUCUCUCCUUCCUCCUGCGCUAUGUGGAGCAUUCAUGUGAAAUCAGCUGUCUACCCUUUCACCUACCUCCAUCUCCCCGUCUCUGCCACAUGAAAGAGAAAAUAAAGAGAGAAAAAAAAAAAACUCCCAUAAAAUCCCAUGCCUGAGCUGGAGCAGAGCAGCGGGCACAGAUGUGCACACACGCCCUCCACUGGACGGGAUGGUGUAAGACACCCAGACUUCCAAUGUGCCCAGUGUGUCAUUGAGAUGGGCUUUAAACAGCAGGUACAGCAAGAAGAGGAAACCUCUCUGCCUGUCCUGGUGGGGAGUUUGAGGUGGGGUCUCCAUCACUCUCUCCAGAGUCCAGUUCUCCGUGCAGUGGAGGGUGGUUGUGCUCCGACCCCUGGCAGGAACAGGGAGCACUUCUGCUUUUGGGUUGGGAAUGUUUACUUGUUUGACUGACGGUUUGACUGAGGAUUGAAUCACUGUGAACAGGAGGUGGGCUUGUACUAACUCAUCUUACUUUAUCUGGUGAGAAGAAUGGGGUGUGUGUGUGUUGUUGUUUUUUUUUUUAUAUAAAUGGUAGCCCCUUUUUUCCCCUCAUUGAAGUUAAUAAUAUGUGUGUGUUUGUGUACACACAUAACCCUGUAGAAUAUUCCACCUGACCAUACCCCUUCAAACGACCCACUUCGUUUCCAUGGUAAGGAAGGAAGAAUAGGUGAAACUCCACCCCCUUUGCCAUCAAUGCCAUAUGUGGAAAAAAAGAGAGGGGGAAGGGAGAAAAGAUAACAGAAUUUAAUGAUCAAAACUACACUGUACACGUUUGCUUUUUUGAUUCCUAAACUUUUCAUGGAUUUAUUCAGAAAUUAUUUAAUGUAUUCACUAAUAAAGAUUUAUAUUGAUCUUGUAUAUACAGUAUAUAGUAGUCAUUAAUAUAUAUUAACUGUUAUAUGAAGAAAUCUUUUAAAAGCUAAAUGGACUGAAGCAGAAAAAAAACAAAACACAAAUACCUGCAGCUCCUUACAGGUUUUCCUCUUUUUUUUUUUUUUUCAUUUAUACUAAAGAACUAAGAAUACCUUUUGUAUUUGUGGAGAUCCUGUUUGGGGCUGUGACACUGAAAUGAACUGCAUUGCUGCUGUACCUUGCCCUCCAAAACCUUUUUUGUAUUUGCGAUUCAUAUCUAGAUUGACAAGAUUGUUUGUUUUUCUUCUUUUUUUCAGAAGCUAUCUGAAUUUCUCAAGGCCAUUUGAACAAAAAAAAUGCAAUGGUUUUCAUGUAUGGACACAUACUUUAGUUUUUCUCUGACUAUGAAGUUAGUCCGUGGGUCCACACUGGGCUCAGUGUGUCCCUCAGUAGAAACGUGUCCUGACACACAGCUCAGGAGCUGGAGGGGAGGCGCAUGUGUGUAACCCCAUAUUCAGCAGCCUCAGUUAGUUGAUCCUGCCCAUAGAUCCUACUAAUUGGAUUCUGAAAGGUGUGUGCGUGCUGUGAGUGAAUGAGUGAGAGAGCACAUGUCUGUGUAGAGUAAGUGAAGCACAGCUCCCUAAGAACAGGACUGAUGCACGCUCUCACUCCGCUCUGAGGUGGUGCAUGCUGGUUAUGCUGUACAUGAACUGAUGGGAUUUAAACCAAUGGCAAAUGUUUUGUAAUGACAUACAUGGAAGCUAAACACAUUGUCAGUAUGUCCUAAAGCAAAGACAAACAAUCAGUAUUAUAAUUUUUUGCUAUGAUUACCUCGGUCAAGGAAAUGCUGUUUUUUUAUGUGUUGAGAUAUUUCUGUGUAUUUCUGGAGCUUUCUAGACUAUUUGAUUUUGUCAAUGCUGUGGAACAUUGUGUCAAUUGCAUUUUUUUUUAAUACAUGGGGGGGGGGGUGGCUGUACGUUUUAUAGCAGGUACUGAGUGUGCGGUCUUGCAGUCUGCAUAUCUGGCAGUGUUUGGGGAGAAAAUGUAUAAAUCUUGCUGUACAUGUUGUCCAAUGCGUGUCGCAUGACUGUGGACAUUUCAAGGACUGUACCUCUGCACCAAGGCAUUUUUUUUACUUAAGAGUCCACAGAGCCGCUGGCAGUCCCAAAGACCCACACUGACCACUCUCACUUGUGAAUUAUGGUACAGUACCAAUGAGGAGGCUUUAUUUUCACCACCACCACCCCCAUGUGCACAAACACCUUCAUAUACCCCAAGAUGUAUUUGUAUCGGCCAGCUUAGCCCCCAUCCCACCCCCCAAAUGUAGUGAAUGGUCACAGAUUUUUAUAUAUAAAUAUGAAUAUUAAGGAGGCAUGGAUGUGCCACUUGCUCCCAGCUUUGGAAGCAGUGGAUUUAUUUUUACUUUUCUUUUUUUUUUUGCUUUGUGAAAGACAACCAAUCACUCUGAAGAAGAUUUUUAACAUAUUCCUUUUUGAAAAAUAUUUGUUAAAACGUUUGAUGGGGACAAAAAAUGUAUGACCAUUGCAUACUAUGUUGCCAAUUUUGCGGUGUGAUAAGAAGUUUGCUCUUGCAUGAAAUGAGACACUGUUCUCCUACCUCAUGUUGUGAUAUUAAAAAUGUUUUAUAAGCCGGUGACGCAUCUCUAACCAUUUAUCAUAAUUGAUAUUUACUAGCAAAAUACAUACUUGUACAUGCUUUUAGCUAAUACCUCAGUUGUAUCUAGUGUUUUUGUUUAUUUUCCUAAUUUCAGAUCUUGUACAUAUAUCUUGUAUGGACAUUGAACUUGGAUUAAAUUCAAGUAAAGUUCUGUAGUGUCAA